CACUGAGAGCAGUCAACCUUGAUAGCAAGUCCCUGUGGAACUAGAUACUCGAACACACACGCAACGCGCACACACAAGGUGCUGCUCUUUUAAAUCCACCUGUUCACGCGCUCCCUGCUCGCUGCUGCGUGAUUUGUUAGGGAGAGGAAAACUGUAUUUUUUUUUUUUGUUUAACGCCUUGUGCACGAAGUGGCGAGGAGCUCCUCAUCAUCACCACCACAGCACCCAUCAUCACCAUCAUCAGCACCACAGAUAGAGCAGAGCCGCCGCCGCUGGAUGAUUACCUCCACAGUCACCUCUCUCUCGGAUGCUUUUGCGCACCUUGCGAACCUCCUCAUUUGAUUGCUCGUGAUUACAUGAUCGCCGCACCGGCGCGGACACCGAGUCGCCCCAUCAUCAUCAUCAUGCCGCUGAUUUGAGAGCAGCUUUUUGACUCCGGAGUGAGUCUCAUCGCCGCUGCUGUCUGCCUGGAGGAGGACGCGCAGCGCGGAUCAUCUGGAGAGCUUCUUCUUUCUUCUUCACCGCAACAAUUUGUUGCAAACAGCUAUGUUUUGGGGCUGAAGUCAUGGUGCCGGUUACCGCAUCGGCUCCUCAUGGCACCGUGAGAGAACUUUCAUCCAGACUCCCCCUCCCCCUUUUGUUCCUCCUUCUUUUCUUGUUUUAGAUGUGGAUCUUUGGGAAAUCUCCACCGUUUCCCUCUUUCAAGUAUGUUCACUUUUGCUGCCUUCUGCUACAUGCUGUCUCUGUCCUCUGCGUCCCUCAUCUUCUUCGCAAUAUGGCACAUAACAGCUUUUGAUGAGCUCCAGGCUGACUUCAAGGUGCCGAUCGAUCAGGGCAAUCCACUUCACGCGAGGGAGAGACUGCGGAACAUCGAGAGGAUCUGCAACCUGCUGAGGAAGUUGGUGCUACCAGAGUACUCCAUCCAUGGACUCUUCUGCAUCAUGUUCCUGUGUGCCCAGGAGUGGCUGACUGUGGGCCUCAACAUCCCCCUGCUCUUCUACAAUACGUGGAGGUACUUCCAUUCCCCAACGGACACGAAGGAGCUGCUCUACGACCCAGCAUCCGUGAUGAACGGCGACACGCUCAAGUUCUGCCUAAAGGAGGCCUGGUGCAAGCUGUCCUUCUUCGUCCUCUCCUUCUUCUACUAUCUCUACUGUGUUUGGAACCUGGAUAUAUCCCUCUAAUAGGUCUUAUCAAUGGAAACACUUAAAGUAUGAUCUACUCCUUGGUUACCUCAUAACAACUGAUUUAUCAGCAACUGGAGAAAAAGAAAAAACUGGAUACACAGACUGCCACAGUCUCGGUCUAGAAUUACAAAACAGGAAAUUUAAAAGCAAAGAAGAGAAAGAAAAACUUUUUUUUUGCUGUGAAGCCAAACAAUGAACUGGAUGAGGCUUCUUUUUCUGCUUCGUCUGUAUAUAAAAAACUGAAGACUAAAAGUUCCUGUUUACAGUUUGACUGGUCGUAGCGAGACCCGAGUUAAUCACUGCCUGGCCAACGUUUGUACCACACACACACAAACACACACACACACACAAACACACAUCCACAGCCUCCUCUGAAGUGGUAUACCUACCGUACUUACUGUACAGUAGCAGCGCCGGUAGCCCAGAGGGACGAAGAGCACAGUAGCGUUUGCACAGUUUGUCUCAGGCACAGCAUGGUGAAGCACUGUCCAGCCCCAGCACAGCUCACCGAACCCUCAGUCAUUCCUCCUCGACGCCUCGCCGACCCGUAGCUUCACCGGUGAGUCCGAAAACGAGGGAUAGAUGGAACGAGUGGACGGACGGGUAACACUGUACAGAAAAGAGAACGCUCUGCCAGUUCUCGAUAUAACCCACCUCACCCUCCCCUCCCCGGAUGGCACAUACAGUCCAUGGCCUGUGGGUUUUUCUUUCUAACAUUACGUGAAUGGCUUUUGUGACGUGUGCAUUUUGGUGUAUUCUUUAACUAAAGGCAUUUUCUAAUUGAAUUAUGAUCUACAGCAAAAAGGUAUUCUAUAGACCCCUUUUCUGUUAGUAAACAUGAUGACGUAUUUUGUGGGCGGAGCUUUAAGUGGAGGCAGAAGAAUUCUCUGAACAUGUUAGUUAACGCUGGCUAGCAAGUAUUGUUGGCUUGUUUUUUAACAAUGGCUGAAGAAAAUACUAGUUUAUCUCAAUAUGUUCUGUCACUCACUCUUCAGGAUGACAAGUAUAAGUUGAGAAAGUUAACAUUAACUAAUGGGAGCAGAUUAGCCGACCCCUACACUGGCUAACGUUAGCUAGAUUGUCUUCGUAACUGUCUAGUAAGCUAGUUUGGAGACUAACAAGCUAGCUAGCUAACGCCUGCCCUCCUCCCGGUGAAGUAGUCUCCUUGCAGCGAGGAGUGAGACAGAGGGACUGUGACCCAGCGAUGUCCGCUGUUGGGCUCAUUUUCUGUAGCAUGGUGGAAUUAGCAAGGUAGCUAGCUAACUAGCCAGUCGCCAAAUGAGUAAAAUGAGUGCUUCAUCCACACACUCUUGUCACAUCGUAGGAAAGCACAGUGCUAUCGCCAGAUGAGUGACAACUUUGUCCGGCUCACUUUCUUUCUGUGUUUCAUGGCAGAAUUAGCAAACUAAGUUAGCUAAGCAGCCAGCCGUCCGACCAGCGGGCUGGUGGCCACGGCAGCGCUGUAAAGAUAAAUUGAGUGCGUAUAAAUCUUUGGAUGCCUAUGGUUAACUAUCCUUCAGUAAAGUCAUCAAAAAAAGAGUUGUACAAUAUUGGCAAACCGUUUCAAAGAUGGAGUUGCUAAUAGUUUAGCCUUCUGCUACCGCAGCCAAUGGCUCAUGGGUGAAGUUAGCAGUAGGCUACAUAUUAGCAACAUUUACUCUCCAACCCUGAAACGUUUUGCCGAUGUUGUAGCUCGCUAGAGCCUCGAAUCACAGUUUGUCAUCUCAAAUGUAUGUGAUAUCUUGAUUCUGGCGCCGAACAACACAGCAAGAUGACAUUUUCGAUGUGUAACUUUAGCCCACUGCUAGUGUUAGCCUCCAGUAUUUCCUUUUUUUUGCCUCUAGCUAACACCGUGACGUAAUCAUGACGUCGACACAAAAAGGGUCUAUACAGCAAAUGCCUUCUUAGUGUUGUCCUAGUGUCGUUCUAUUGUGGGAAACUUUUCUAAAACUCCAACUAAAAACUGACACCUGUCCAAGCUUUUAUAGUAGAGGAGCACACAUUCUUUGCACAAAUAGUGUAUUUGAUCUUGCACAAUAUUUGCAAUAUUUGGCUAUAAUAUUAGAGAUAAUUUAUGAUAGUCUAGUCACACAGGUGAAGGUCUUCCAACAUGUAAAGAACUACCCAGCCCUGUUUGAAGAUGGGGGAGACAAUGUGAAUCUUUUCUAGCUCGAUUUACACCAUGGACCAAAAUGUUGUCUUUUCAGUAUUGAAAUUGAUUUAUUUAUGUCUAUUUGUGAAAUAACGAUGACUUGUCUCCAUGCUCUACCUUAAACAAAGUAUUAUUUUCCAAUGUAACCACACCGUGAUAAGACGGCAUGAGUAGUGAAUAAAGCAGAAGAUGGGAAAGGUGCCGAGCAUUGAUCUGUCUUUCUCUGUGAUUUGAAUAAAAGCAACUGUAGCAGAUGAUGGGAGUGAUAUACUGUAUGCAGCCCGUUUUCACUCGCAACUCGUCAAGUACGACAGCUUGGUCCGUGGCCCUACACUUCAAAUUAUGGCGAUCUACAUGGCACACUAGUGCCAGUUUUACACACUUUAAUAUCCUCUUGUUACAUGCAUACACUUCUUUCCAAAAUAAACUUCCGUGUCCACAGGAAACAACUUGGUUAGGUUUGGGAAAAGAUCUUGGUUUGGGUUAAAAUAAGUAUGUUUGUUACGUAAUCAGGUAGCCGGGGGGAGGAGAGUGUUCGAUUUGGGGACCUCAGAAUUGCACCUCUGCUCUUUGCAGAUGAUGUGGUUCUGUUGGCUUCAUCAGACCGUGACUAGGGCGAUUUGUAGCCAAGUGUCAAGCGAUCGGGAUGAGAGUCAGUACCUCCAAGUCUGAGGCCAUCGUUCUCUGCCAGAAAAUGGUGGAUUGCGCCUUCCGGGUUGGGAGUGAGUCACUGCCCCAAGCGAGGGAGUUCAAGUAUCUUGGGGGCUUGUUCACGAGUGAGGGUAAAAUGGAGCGGAAGAUGGACAGGCGGUUCAGUGCGGCGUACGCAGUUAUGGGGUCGCUGUACUGGACCGUUGUGGUGAAGAGGGAGCUGAACCAGAAGGCAAAGCUCCCGAACCCCUUACCUGUGGUCAUGAGCUGAGUAGAAUGAGAUCGUGGAUACAAGUGAGGAGUUCAGACAUCCGGAGGGAGCUCGGAGUAGAGCCACUGCUCCUUUGUGUUGAAAGGGGCCAGCAGAGGUGGUUCGGGCAUUUGAUAAGGAUGCCUCCUGGAUGCCUCCCUUUGGAGGUUUUCCGGGCAUGUUCAACUGGUAAGAGGCCCCGAGAUAAACCCAAAACACCCUGGAGAGAAUAUAUAUCUUGUCUGGCCUGGGAACACCUCAGGGUCCCCCAGGAAGAGCUGGAAAAUGUUGCUGGGGAGACGGACCUCUGGAAUUCCCUGCUUGGCCUGCAGCCCCCGCGACCCGGCCCUGGAUAAGCGGUAGAAAAUGGAUGGAUGGAUGAUACAUAGUUAAAGUUACUAUGAGGAAAUUUUAAAUGAUUGAAUAUGACCUGCAUAAGUAAACAAGACCAUCAGCAAGAAGAUUGUCAAUUUCUAUUGAGUUAUUCUUAAAGCUUGUCAUCAGUGCCAACGGGUCAGAUUCCGUGUGAAAUCCGGCAAAAUCAUGCAGGUUCACCAGAAACUCCUUCAGCUCAGACUCCAGCGGGGCUUCCGACAGCGACCAGCCCGCCGUGGACAGACCCAGAUCCGGCUUCGACGCUGCCUCCGACUUUGCAGUUGGAGAUGCAGCAGGAGAUGGAGAGCUCCGCGCCCGGCAGCAUAGGCUCCUCCUCCGGCCAGGAGCAGAGCUUUGCCUCGCCGCUCCUGGUGUCACCGGAUGACACCUGGUGACUGGCGUGUGGGGAGGCCCAGAACAUAUUGCUGGGCCCGCUGGAGGCAAGGGAGGCACGGUAGAACCAGAACCAGGACUGUGCUGGGCAGACUGUCCCUGCUGCAUUAAAGUGAAGGUAAAGGGAUUCUGGUGCUCAGAAACACUACUGGUUUUGUCCAGAGGGACCGCCAAAAGCAACACAGAAACUAAGUUCCUCGUAGUAGCUUUAAGUAGGUAGUGAGUUAUAAAACGUUACGCAAGCUAUGUAAGGCUACAUAACUUAAGUUACUUAAGUUACGUAACAAUGUUGACUUUUGGUUUCACGCAGGACAUGAACGUCAGUCUCCUGAGUGAAAGACCUUUGUUUUUUUUACCCUAAAAUCCACCACGACUUCCUCCUUUACUCCUGCCAUAACCACGGCCACGUAGAAUGUCAUAGUUUGACACGUAGGGCCACCGACCAUGCUGCGGUAUUCAACGACUUGGGAGUGAUAACGGGCUGAUAUAUGAGAUGUCUGAGCAGUCUGACAACAUUGAGGUACUACUGUAUGAUGAUUCCCAGAAAGAAAGUCGAUCCCUUCCACAUACAGGUCAGAAGUCAAAAGACAAGCUCAGCUUCAGAUAAUCAUCCCUGCAGCUGGAACGCAUUCAGUGUUUUUGCUCAGAAACACUUCAGCAGGGCAGGAGCUCGAACCUUCAUCUUCCAUGUGUAGCACAGUUUUCUAUAACCACUAGGCCACUCUUUAGAUAGAUCUUCACCAUCAUCUUCGCGCAAUGAGCUCACUGCGUAAGCUGCUUACUCAAGGAGCAGAUAGGAAUGCCCAAUUCUUGUUGUUUUUCUCGUAUUCUAAUUCAAGCAUUUUAUAUCCUUACUGUGUAUGUGACCGACCGAGUUGAAUUUAGAUAUUGUUUAUGAAAUAAAGUAUUUUAAAAUCAAA